AUGAGGUGGAAAGGAUUCCAGACACGGUGCCAUCACAUCUUCAAGAACAACACAGGCUUGCUCUUGAUUGCUUUGUCACAAGCCUUCGGCUCCAUGAUGAGUCUCUUCGUGAAGAAGCUCAAUAGUGUGGAUCCUCCCGUCCCCAUGCUCGAGUUGAUAUGCAUUCGUAUGAUAAUCACUUGGAUGUGUUGUGUCAGCUACAUGUCACUCACAAAGAUACCGGAUCCAAUUCUUGGUCCCAAAGGCAUUCGCUUGCUUCUAGCAUUUAGAGGCGUGUGCGGCUUCACCGGCCUGUUCGGGUCAUACUAUUCCCUUCAAUACCUAUCACUAUCGGAUGCGACCGUACUUCAAUUCUUGGCGCCUAUGUGCACUGCGAUCGUCGGUGCCAUCGUCCUGAAGGAAGAGUUCAAGCGCAGCCAGGCGCUUGCCAGCCUCUGCAGUUUGGUCGGCGUCGUUCUCAUUGCUCGGCCCACCUUCUUGUUUGGCGGCAAGUCCUCGCCCACCGCGCCGGACUCCCAUCCUGUCUUAGACGGCAGAGGUGUGGUGACACUGCUUAUUCCCAUGUUUGGCGUUCUCGGCGCGACGGGAGCUUACACGUCGAUCCGUGCCAUGGGCAAACGUGCUCAUCCGAUGCACAGUAUAGUGGCAUUUUCUACUCAAUGCGUAAUCACAUCAACAGUAGCAAUGCUCCUUGUGCGGCCGCAUGUUGUCCUUCCGAACAGAGUGGAAUGGAUUCUAAUGCUCUUGGCCAUAGGUCUGUGCGGUUUUAUGGGGCAGAUGCUCAUGACGAUGGGACUGCAACGUGAGACCGCGGGACGCGGGACGAUGGCCGUAUAUGUUCAAGCACGUAUUAUAUUCGCCACGUUCAAUGACUUUGUUUUCUUCCAUUCAACUCCUCCUGCGCUCUCCAUCCUCGGGACUGUCAUCAUCAUGUCGUCCGCUAUAUAUGUUGCCCUCUCGAAGGAGGAUGUCGGUGCUCGCAAGCGACAUGGCAGUGUCGAUUCGACUUCGGGGGAUCCUGCAGAAGAAGGCCUGCUGGCUAAUGAAGAGGCUGAAGAUGCCGAGGCACUGAAGACCAUGGAGGACGGUCGGCUAAGCACGAGUGAAAUACAUGAUAGCGCGUAA